UAAUCUCCCGAUGUGCACGCCGUGCCCGCACGAUCCGUGCGUAACGCCACGGGAGAAAUUCGCCGCCCGUCGCAUUCCUUCGUACGUCGAUUAAUAUCGCAGAGAGCCGCGUGCGUGCGUGUGUGUGUGUGUGUGAUCGCUGUAUCCUGUUGCUGCAUGUAUACAUAUGUCAUACAAGACUCUCGUAAGUUGCUACGAGAGUCGGUCUUCCGUGCUCGACGAUCGUAGCGAUCAUCGUUGCUCCGUACGGUCGUUCGAGGAUCGCUCUAAUCCAGCUGCAGAUUGUUCGGGUCUGUUCAUCUCGACUGUGCCCGCGAACAUCCUCUGCGUUAGGAGUGAAGUAGAUCCGCCUUGCAUUUGAUAGGGGGAGCGAGAGAAGAAAAGUAGGAAAUGCGACUAGAAGAACAAACCCGACAGAAGAGCCCAUUGGAAUUUUGAGGGAUUCACGUGUUUUGAUGUCCAGCGGUCCACGAACACAUAUUUUUAAUGUCGAGAUAUUUGCAGCGCGCAUUUUCGGCUUGUGCGCUUCGAAAACUUGAAACGUUUCGUCAUCCAUGUCAUGAGAAUGCGGCAUUAUUUCAUAUAGACGUAACCUAAGACCAGUAUUCAUAUAGUAUACAUAUGACAACAACAACAGGCAACAACAAUGGCGUAUUCCGUGAACAUAUCCGUGGAGGCGCCGAUCGAGAACCAGAUUCAGGAAAUUACUUACGAUGGCCAAGAAAUUUACCAAGCACCACUCACACUGUCUGAGAACUUGGCAAAGAUCGCUCAGAGGAUCGACUUCAGCAAAACAAAUGGUGAAGAGGUAAAGAAGGAGCAGUUAGAGGGUGGAGAAAAGGGCGAAGAGGAUUCGAAGGAUUCUGCUUCGUUUCAGUCCUCCUUGUGGCCAUGGGAUAGUGUUAGGAAUAAAUUAAGGAAUGCUUUGACAGAAGUUUGCGUAUUGGCUGACGUACUUGCAAUAGCUAAAGAGAGAAAUUACAUGGUGUUAGAUCCAGUACCUCAGGAUACGAUCGAACAGAAAUCCAUGGCACAAGUGUACGCCAGGAAAAAGGCACUGGCGGGUGCGGCAAAUGUUCUCAUGAACGGUGCUGACAGAUUACGAAAUUGCCAAACCGAACUAGCUAGAACUAGAUCCACCCCUGACUUCCACAUCGAAUUGUUAAGAUUACGGCAAAAUUGGCGUUUGAAGAAAGUCUCGAACUCUAUCAUCGGAGACCUUAGUUAUCGAACUGCUGGCUCAAAGUAUACGCAAACGGGCAUGUUUGAAGUCACCAAAGCUGAGGAAGAAGAAAAAAAUAACACCAGUCCGCCAGCGUCUCCUAAUGCUGGUAGCAACGUGUCGGGGCAGUCUCACGGCCCUUCAAACGCAAAAGCCUCUGCGCUACGCGUGACUAUACCUAGUGAGCUGCAGGGCGUAGCCUACAUUGAAGUAUUAUGCCAGAAAGAUCAAGAGGAUUUGUGUAACGCGAACAUAAGCCUGCUCAAUAGUAGUACGAAUAAUUCAAAUGCUGACAUGCAUUGGCAACAGAAACUGGAGGCUGCACAGAACGUCCUAUUUUGCAAGGAACUGUUUAGUCAAUUAGCGCGCGAGGCAGUGCACUUGCGCGCACCUAUACCUCAUAUGGUCGUUGGAAACCAGAUAAUGGCUACGGUGCUCCCAGGAAUUCAGUUAAUAAUCGGCUUGUGCCACAGCACAGGCAGCGACAAGAAGCCCACUGCUCCACCACCGCACAAGACGGAUCACGAUCACGUGUUGGAGCACUCGCUGCAUCAAUUAUUGCGUGAAGUGCAUCACAAGAACACCCAUCAUCCGUUUCCCCAUCCCUCUUCCGGACCGUUGGGACCGAGUAAACGUAGAUGCUUAGCAGGCCCGACCGCCGCCGACAGAUACGAGCUUCUAGAAAUGACGAAGAGUCAGACGCUGCUGGAACAAAUCAUCCAACAGGCGCAGCACUUCUUCAUGCGCCUGCGCACGGAAUACGUGCUCGACACGAUAGCGAAGGAGGUGAAGGAUCCCCUUAUCGUUUCGCACUGGAACGCGUUGAACUCGCCGACGCAGUCCUGCGUGAAAAUUAAUAUCCUGACGCACGGAUACGAUAGCGUGUGUCGGACGUCAAUGGUCGUGCACGUCGGCGAGAAGUCGCUCAAGUGCGUGUGUCGCGACGGUAGGGUCAUGCACAUGAGCUACGAACCCCAAGAACUGCGAGACUUGAUUUUCUGUCAGAUCUAUCAGCAUCAGAUAAGCGCGGUACAGGCUCUGGCGAAGUGCAUGGGCUGGCAGUUUCUGGCAAAUAGUUCGCAUCUCGGACUCGGUUCAGUGGAACCUCUAGGAAAUGCCAGUAGCUGCAUUUUAGCCUCACCGAUCGGCGAUAGGAUGAUAGCCGUACGAUGCGAGCCGCAGACGGGCGUGCAAGUCGCUAUUGCUCAUUCCCCCCGAAAGGAUUUCUUCCCCGGCCAACUCGUUCGAGAGAGAAAAUGGGAGAACCUGGGAGGCUCCUUCAAAGAAGUUAGGUGGGACAAGAUGGAAGGGAAGAAUUUCCUCAACAAAAUGGAACUGCUCAUGGCUUCCUUAACGAGCUCCUAAGUGUGUACUGUAUUGCAUUCCAAUUUUGUUAGAAUGCAAUUUUUUCCAAAGUGACACUCGUAACGACGCUGUUUUCUGAAAUAGUUAGGUUCUUGCGGAAAAUACAAAACGUUUUAUGGAUAAACUAUCUUUUUUUUUAUGAAAAAA